UUAAUGGUAUUUAUGAUAUGUCUUAACGUUUCUGCUUAUUUGCUUAGGCCAUUAUAAAUUACAUAAUGAAGCAAUAUCAAUUCAAAUCACAGAAACAAGUCCCAAUCAAAAAGAAAAAUGGCUACCCUCCUUGCUCCCAAGCAAUUUUCUCCUGUCGAAGAUGCAGAAAAUAUCAAGAGAGCUUGCUUAGGAUUUGGAACGGAUGAAAGGGCCAUAAUCUCAAUACUCGGCCACCGGAAUCUGUUUCAGAGGAAGCUUAUAAGGCUAGCUUAUGAAGAAAUCUACCACGAGGAUCUCAUCCAACAGCUUAAAUCUGAGCUUUCUGGCGAUUUUGAGAGAGCAAUAUGCCACUGGACCCUGGAUCCAGCGGACAGGGAUGCUCUCUUAGCCAACAUGGCACUGAAGAAGACUAUCCCAGAUUUCCAAGUAAUCCUGGAAAUUGCAUGUGUGAGUUCCCCUGAAGAGCUCUUGGCAACAAAACGUGCUUACAGGUUUCGCUACAAACAUUCCCUGGAAGAAGAUGUGGCUUCUUACACUGAGGGCAAUAUACGAAAACUUCUUGUUGCACUAACAAGCACUUACAAGUAUGAUGGAUACGAAGUUGAUGGAGACCUUGCACAUUCUGAGGCUAAUAUUCUUCAUGAAGAGAUCGCAGGAAAGGAUUACAACCAUGAAGAAUUGAUCAGGAUCUUGAGUACAAGAAGCAAAUCACAGCUUACCGCUACCUUCAAUAAAUACAGAAACAUUCAUGGCACAUCCAUAACCAAGGGUUUGUUGAUUGAUUCAACUGAUGAUUAUUUGUACGCUUUGCGUACUGCAAUCCGUUGCAUUAGAGACCCUAAAAAAUACUUUGCUAAGAUUUUGCGUAAUGCCAUGAAGAUGGAAGGCACAGAUGAAGAUGCCUUGAGCCGUGUGAUCGUGACUCGAGCAGAAAAGGACUUGAAGGAGAUCAAAGAGCUUUUUUUAAAGAGAAAUGAUAUGUCCCUUGAGGAAGCAGUUGCUAGAGACACCUCAGGAGACUACAAAACCUUCCUCCUCACCUUAUUAGGACAUCAAGAGAAUUAAUUACCCUUUAUUUUCUGCCUAAAAUAAACAAGGAUUAACCUUUAUUUAAUUAGGUUUUUUUCUUUUCCUAAUUAGUAAAUCAUUUAAGUUAUUGAUUUACUUACUGUAUCUUUUUUGGAUGAAGAAAUUAAGGUUUAUCUUGUCCAAAUAUUUGCUACUUAUUAUGUACUACUUUAAUAAAGUUUUAAUUUUAAA